AUGGAAGGAAAAGCACUCACUUGGUAUCAAUGGUGGGAAUUCUGCUCUCCCUCACCAUCUUGGGACGAUUUUAAGGCUGGUUUAAUUAAGUGUUUUCAACCGUCAAUGCUUCAAAGUCCCUAUGAACUGCUCCUUAGCCUUAAACAAACGCUCUCGGUGGAAGAAUAUCGUGACCGGUUUGAAUUGUAUGCAGGCCCACUUAGAAGUGCAGAACCAGAUAAUCUUAAGGGAAUUUUUCUCAAUGGGUUAAAAGAUGGGGUGAAAGCAGAAUUAAAAUUACACCCAGUUACAACCUUGGCCGAUAUGAUGGAUUUCUCCCAGAAAAUUGAUGAAAAGAAUAUCAUUCUUGACAAAGGCACUUCCUCUAACACCCAUUCUAAGCCUUUUAUUAAAGGUUACCCUUCUAACCACACUGUAACUUGGGACUCCAACAACAAGGUAUCCAACACUAAAAUAGUGGCUGCUCCUACUACAUCUGAGACAUCUAACCUAAGACCAGCAUCUACUUCUCGUGGGCGAGCCUUUCGCCGCCUUACAGAGGCGGAAAUGCAAGACAAAAUGGCCAAAAAUCUAUGUUUUCGUUGUGAUGAAAAUUUUGUUCCAGGUCAUGUGUGUGUAAAUAAACAAUUUCAUGUCAUGCUUAUGGAAGGAGACGACGACGACGAGGAAUUAGCCCCAACUAUUGAAACUGCAGCAGACCCAACAUUCCAUACCCUCCAAUUAUCCAUGUACAGUAUAUCUGGAUUCACAUCCAAGAAAACCAUCAAGUUGUGGGGAUAUUUGGCUGAACAGCGCGUUUUGGUUUUGGUAGAUUGUGGAGCCUCUCACAAUUUCAUUUCCUCUGUCUCGGCUCACCAACAAGGAUUAUCCAUUACUGCAACACCUUCUUUCAGUGUCGAGGUGGGAGAUGGACGCAAAAUUCCAUGUGGAGGGGUUUGUCACCAAUUAACCUUGGACAUUCAAGGACUUACAAUUCAACAGGACUUUUAUGUUUUUGAACUUGGUGGAGUUGAUAUUGUGUUGGGAAUGGAAUGGCUAGCACAACUUGGGGAAAUCCGGGCCAACUUUGGAGACUUACUUCUCAAAGUUCCUACACCAACAGGUACGCACAUCAUCCAAGGGGAUCCCACCCUGUCAAGGGCAUCAGCAUCUAUCAAGUCUAUGUAUAAGGCACUCUCCAACCAAGGGGAAGGUUUUAUGAUCACCUAUCACAUGAUUUCCGAAGCAGAAGACCCGCAUGCUGCCACAACCCCGUGGAUUCGACCAGUUUUGGAAGACUAUCCAGAAGUAUUCACCGAGUUACAAGGUUUACUGCCCCAACGGACUCAUGACUAUGCAAUCAUCUUGCAGGAAGGUGCUGCCAUACCCAAACUACGGCCUUACAGGUACCGCCAUUAUCAAAAAAAUGAAAUUGAGAAAUUAGUAGAUGACAUGUUGCAAUCGGGAGUCAUUAGGCCAAGUGUUAGUCCGUACUCUAGUCCUAUCAUCCUUGUCAAAAAAAAGAUGGUGGCUGGCGGUUCUGUGUGGAUUAUUGUGCCUUAA